UGCGUCCCUUGGAUUCAUUAUAAAAGCUAAUUUGGUUCCAGCUUUGAACGAUGCUAGCUCUUACGUUUAUGCUAUUGCUUGUGGUUGAGUUGGGAUGGGCCGCCCAGUGUAACAAGUGGUCUGGACCCGCUGGAACUGUUGAAUGCAUUCAAUUAAGGUCGUACAAUAACGAGUACCAGUGGGGGACGUGCGUGACGGAUGCUUACAUGAAGCAAAAGAGCAACCAAAAACAUCAGUGUAUAGACCGAACUGCAACCUACUGCUGGUAUCAGUGUAUGCUUGAAGUGCAUAACAAGGACUAUGGAUCAGUGACGAGUGAUUGUUCCUGUACUCCCAGCAAUCCAACCUCACAUCCAAACAUUACCACAUUACUGCCUCCAGAGUGCUAUAGUCCAUCAGGGGAUUCCUGUGAUUGGUAUCGCAACUGCCUGGAGAGGAGGUAUCCCUGUGAAGCUACAAGUAAUGGAUAUGCAGUCAAAUACGCUGAACAUUUUUGCAAGCUGUAUGACCAAAACUUUGCAAAGUUCAGUCUAAGCGGGAAAAACUGGGUUAACGGAGUUCGUAAAUGCCUCCAAGUCUCACUGGUGCCACUAUUGCGGCCAUGGGUCGACGAUCCAACCUGCGAGGAGAUACGAGAAAAAGCGUUUGCCUCUCAUACACCAUGUUACCUGAAUCCAGGAAAUGGUGUGUCGUCCGUCUGUGAUCUCGACUGCUCUGAUUACUUCCAGAUAUUUUGGACCAUCAAGGGUUCCUUUGUCAAAGUCGACACACUCUGGGAAUCUCUCAAGGGAAUGUGGAACAUAGGAGAGAAAUGUGGAUUGUCUGCUAAUAUCAAGAAAUGUUACAGAGAGCUGAAAGAGGGCCCAGUCAGAGUUACCAAGCUGAAGAUUAAAAAGUUUUUUCUGCGAUCGAGGCGCUCAACUGAUAAUCUUCCUAAAUCUGAUGCUCAAAGUCGAUUCGCAGAUGGAGUUGGCUCAGCCAUUGCGAGUGCCUUGAAGUGGAACUCAGAUGUAAUGGACUGGCUUGCCUAUACUGGGAGAGUUGAAGAUCCAGAAAACCUGGAAAUUGUCGUCUUAUUAGCUGAUAAGAAAGCCCUGGGCAUCGCCAUCACAUCCACUCCAUCCGUCCACUUCAACAAGCGUAUCUCUGAAUUUGCCUCAGCUGUAAAACAGGGAACGCUACCUUUGAAAGUGGAUGGACACAAUGUCUGGGUGAAGAGCUUGGCCUCGUGUUCUGAUAAAGCCUGCACCAGCAUCCAGACACUGGCAGUGUCACACAAGCCUCCAAACUGGGGGAAGACCUUGGAUCCGUGUUCUGAUAAAGCCUGCAACAGCACCCAGUUGAAUGGUGCUGCAGAGAUCUCAAGUGCUAAAGUUGUCUUGUUUGGAACCAUCGCUGUGUUGGUCAUGAUGAUGAACAAAUUGCUUUACUAAAAAGAUACUCGCGUCUUUCAAGAAGAUAGAUUUAGUUCUUCCGUUUAUCGAGCAUGAAAACAUAGACUUAUAAUGCGUAACAGAUGGUCUGUCUCACGCUUGGUUUUUUGCUUAAUACCUUCGAGCUGAAACUUUUCGAGACUUUUG